AUGGGCAGUAUAGCCGAUCACUAUGCAGCCAAACCUAAGGUUUCCCCCAAGAAGCCAGACGAGGGUUUUACGCAGAAGGAAGCUAAAGCUAGAUCAUCUGUAGCAGAACCAAGCCAACCUAACAAGAGAAUCAAGGGGACUGUACCUUUAAAUGAAAAGGAGCGUAGAGAUGAUAUCAAGCGUAGAUUAGAGGUGUCGAGACAGAAGAGACGGUUAAGUAUGACAGCUAACACUAGAGGAAGACCACUUGGUAGGAUUAUCGGAGGCGGGAAACCACCAACUCGAGUCGCAACUGCUAGCAAGGCCGCUUGGAUGAUCAAGAGUGUAGGCAAGAAGAUAUUCGGUGGAGGUAGUAGUAGUACAACUAAUGCAAAGGAAUUGAGUAGCUCUGGAGGCGGCGAAGAAGGUAUAGUAAAGACGAGAAUUGUGAAAAAACAUAAGAAGGUGCAUAGAGGCACAGUAGAGGCACAGCAGAGGGCUGCAGGAAGGGUGAAGAUGGCAAAGCUGAAGGACACCAAUGAGGGAGGGAAGGGAAUGCCAGCAAAGAGAGGAGUUAGGGGUAGUAAUGUAAAUAAGAGACCUUCGCAGGCAGAACAAGUUUCCAAGGCUAGGAUGUCUCAUUCACCAGUGAAGCGCAGAGGUACAGUAUAA